CAAAGUUAAUGGGUGAAUUUCCAAAAUAGGCCUUUAUUCUUAUAUACAUUUUGUUCAGUAAAGUUUAAUUUAUUGUUAAAAAAAUGGACUGCAUUAUUGAAAAUAUACCACUUUUCUUGUUAAACAAAACAUAGUGAUGUCAGAGCUCUAUGAUGAUAUUUUUGUGCUUCCAUAAUUUUAGUCUUAGUUUGUGGGCAAAAUAUAAAACGGUAACACGAUAUCAAACGGUCUGUGUCGACAUCUGUCGGUCAAAUGUGUUACAGCAGUUGUAAACCGCGGCGGUCACGAUUGGUUGAGCUUUGUCUCCAUCUAGCGGUCAGAACACGACGUCGGCUGUUCGCGUGGUUUCGACGUGCGCGCUCUCGUUUCAAUGCGUCAGCUGUCAAAACGCGAACGCGCAAGCACUCGGCUCCACUCAUUAUGACCACGAUUGCCGCCUUUGAAUUCACCCAAAGAAAACUCCGCGUGGACGUUUAAAAGUGACAACCGCAAAGUGUCCGGCGCGAUGGAAUAAAGAUUCGAGGCGAAAAGAAAAAGGUUUGAAGUUGACCCAGACCCGUGAGGAGGACUCGCUUCGAAGCUAACGUCGGACUUCUACCGGCUUCGUUAGCAGCGGGCUAGCUCGUUAGCUACCUAGCUGCAGCCGGAGUAGUGAUGCUAAGGGGGCUCAAAUAGUUAUGAACAAUUGUGACGUGACGUCUUUAAAAGAGAAACAAUGUCCCGCGGAGGGAGAGACGCCGGCUAAUAAUAAUCAUAAACAGUGGCACUCGCUCCGUAGCGAUGAGUGCGAGUGCUGUCACGACAUGAGCCCGAUGGAUGAAGCGGCGCAGCCCGGGAUGUCGUCCGUCCAGCCCGGACUGGACGCGCCGGACGACGACGACGACGACCGCGACGGGCUUCGUCUCCUGGAGGAUCUCAGCUGCCCGCCCGCCGCCUCGCCUUACGUGGGCGACGUCAACGGCGAGGGCCCGCUGUUCGAGAGACGCAAGCGGUCGCGCUCCAACAGCGCCAGGCACCACUUCGGCGACGUGGUGGCCGAGCUGGGACCCGAGGAGGUGCGCUGGUUCUACAAGGAGGACAAGAAGACGUGGAAGCCCUUCGUGGGGCACGACUCGCUCAACAUCGAACUCAUGUAUCGGAAGUACAGCGAGUUCGGCCCCGGUGCGGGCGGCCCUGCGGUGGAAGUCAACGGAGAAGUGACGGCGGAGACCCGCACCGUUGGCGGCGUCGGAGACACGUCCACGCCGUCCAUGAGCACCGACGAGAAGGACUCUGACGUUUGUGUGGAGCCCGUGUGCGUGCGUGGGGGGCUCUAUGAGGUGGACGUCAGAGAGAGAGGAUGCUACCCUGUUUACUGGAAGCAGCAAGACCACAUUCCGGUGCUGCGAGGUCAGUGGUUCAUCGACGGCACAUGGCUGCCCCUAGAGGAGGACGAGAGUGACCUCAUCGAAUGCGAGCACCUCAGCCAUUUCCGCGGACAGCAGACGCAGGACACCUUUGACGCCAGCGACAUGGUGGUCAGGACCGUCGACGGGAAAGACGUCCUCUCCCACCUGCCCCCGUUCUACCUCCCCUUUCUGUUCAAAUGGAGCGGAUAUCAGACGAGCGCUAGAGCGACAUGUCACAAGCGCAAACGCUGCCAAGCCAUCCACAGCCUGAAGUUGAGUCGUACCCAUGUGGACUGGCACAGUGUGGAUGAGGUCUACCUCUACAGUGACGCCACCACGUCCAAAAUCGCUCGCACUGUGACGCAGAAACUGGGCUUCUCCAAAGCUUCCAGCAGUGGAACUCGCCUGCACCGCGGUUACGUGGAGGAAGCCUCUCCAGAGGACAGACCCCCUCAGACUACACACAUUGUCUUUGUGGUCCAUGGGAUCGGGCAGAAGAUGGACCAGGGACGUAUUAUCAAAAACACUGGAAUGUUGAGGGAAGGUGUCAGGAAGAUGGAGGAGAAGCACUUUCUGGAGCACAAUGAUGAGCAUGUGGAGUUCCUUCCUGUGGAGUGGCGCUCCAAGCUGGCUCUGGAUGGAGAUACCGUGGACUCCAUUACACCAGACAAGUUGAGGGGUCUGCGAGACCUUCUCAACAGCAGUGCAAUGGACAUUAUGUACUACAACAGUCCUCUUUACCGUGAUGAGAUCACUAAGGGACUGACACAGGAGCUGAACAGACUGUACAGCCUGUUUUGCUCACGCAACCCCGAGUUCGAGGAGAGGGGAGGCAAAGUGUCAAUCGUGUCUCACUCCCUUGGCUGCGUGAUCACGUACGACAUCAUGACAGGCUGGGACCCCGUGCGCUUUUGCCUCCAGGAGCACCACGCCGUGGAGGAGGAGCUGCACAUGCACUGGAUGUCGUACGAGGAGAGGCAUCUGCUGGAGCAACUGCGCCACACCAGGAACCGGUUACGAGAGCUGGAGAAUCAACUUUUAACACUAGAAGCCUCCAAACCAUCAACGCCUCCCGCACUCAAAUUUAAGGUGGAAAACUUCUUCUGCAUGGGUUCUCCUCUGGCUGUCUUUCUGGCUCUGAGGGGCAUCCGGCCCGGUACUAGCUGCCACCAAGACCACAUUCUUCCCACAUCCAUCUGCAGUCGCCUCUUCAAUGUCUUCCACCCGACGGACCCUGUGGCCUACAGACUGGAGCCCCUCAUCCUCAAACACUACAGCAACGUUGCACCAGUGCAAAUACACUGGUGCAGUGCCACCAACCCGGCACCUUAUGAUGAGGUGCGGCCCACAUUCCUCAACCUCACCAAGGAACCGACGUCGGACACAGAGAGCAUCCCCAGUCCGAGCACGUCUCCUGUUCUCCCCCGGAGACACUAUGGCGAGUCCAUCACCAAUUUAGGGAAGGCCAGCAUCUUGGGCGCAGCGAGUAUCGGGAAGGGCAUCGGCGGCAUCCUCUUCUCCCGCUUCUCGCGGUCCAACAGCCAGCCCUCCGUCUCCGUGGGACUGGAGGGUGGGCCCGUCCCCGAAGACGACGAGCAGCAAAAACGCACCGAGAGCCAGUCGGCGUACGGCCUCUCCACCUUGGCCCGGCCCACCUCGCCCACUGCGGACGUCUCACUGGAGCUGGAGCGCCGCAUGGACUUUGAGCUGCGCGAGGGCCUGGUGGAAAGUCGCUACUGGUCAGCCGUCACGUCGCACACGGGCUACUGGUGCUCGCACGACAUCGCCCUCUUCCUGCUCACCUUCAUAUACGAGCACAGGAAGACACCAUCUGACCCGGGAGGAGACACCCCCGAACCUGACUGAACAUAUUCCACCUCACCCUGUCAGUAUUUUUUUUGUUGUUGUUGAUUUUUAGAAUGGGAAAAAAACUAUUCUCUUGUUUUUUUGCUUUUUUUUAUGCACAAAGAUAUUUUUCCUAUGAUCCAGUUCUGUGAACUAAUAAGCUGACUUAGUUUCAUUCCAGUACAGUGGAACCUCCAAAGUGGACCAAAACUAAUUUUCAUCGUGGGAAAUCAUAAUAUAGUGUUCCAAACCCACCCACGAUAGGUGAAAAUGUGGGUUGUAUACAAUUUUUCAUCUAAAAACUAAAUGAAGAUACCUUCUAAAUAAGAUGCCAAGAAAGCUUACUUCAACAUUUUCGUCACGCCUACUUGAAGUUUCCUUUAAAACCGACACAUAAAACAAUAUUGUAUAUUUAAGCGCCAUGUUAAAAUCAUAAAAUCGUACAUACUUACACAUUUUAUAAUUCAGUUUGAGAAAAGGCUGCUAGCUCAAUGCUCAAUGCUAACAUAAUGUGAAACACCAUAGGUGGGCUAACGGAAAUUCAAAAAGAGGGUACACUGGAAAGCAAAUUUGCAAUAUUUUACAUAACUGUUUACAUUUUUCACUGUAAUCACCAAAAUGCAACAAAAUGGAAAUUUAAAGAUAUGGGAUUUGUUACCAUGCACUGCGAUAGUUGCUCCUCCUGUGAAUAAGUAAUUGAUAAAUAUGCAACUAUUCCCCUCUAUUUUUGGAGAAUUGAAUAGUGAAAAAAUGUGAAUAAUUGAGCCCCCCCCCAAAAAAAAUCUUUAAAAAAUGUUAUUGCAUAAUUUCACAAACCAAUACUAUUGAUCAGUCCCUAUGGGGUCUAUUUAAUAGUUAAAACUGUAAAUAAAACACAAACUGAACAAUUUAAUACCAAUUAACCUUGUAUUAUAAUAUUACCCUUACCGAUAAAUGGCUUCCGUGUGAUUUGAUUGAAAUAAACAAUGCACCAGAAGUACAGUGCAAAGUCGUAACUUCUGCUAACAAUCCAGGCUAAAUUUAGGUCUUCCCCAAACUGUGUUUCAGUUGAGAUCCCUUUCACAUACAUCCUUGAGACCAGUUCCUAUUUAGAGACGGCUUUGGUGCCAUCUUGUGGCAUCACAGAGUGUUGUUGAGAGCCCCAAAAAUGGAAAUUGGUGCGUUUUUCAGUAAAUAAUGGAUGAUAGGGUACAAAUAUAAUGGAUAAGUGAGGGAUUACUGUUUACUACUUAAAACCCAGGCCUCCAUUUCCCUAUGAUUCCAUUUUUAUCAUCACUUUUUCAUGAUGAAACAGUCCAUUUGACAGGUUCCACUGUAAGUACGUUAAUAGUGUAAGAGCCAGGAUGACCUGGGAACUACUGUAACCUAAUUAUUCAAGCACCCGUGCUUCUUGUAUAUAUUGCUCCGUACAAGCCAGUCUGGAGCCUUUGUAACACAGCUGCCUGUCGGAAUACUCUGGUUUGCCUUUUGAAACCAGCCAAACGUUAUAUCGUUAGAGGGACAGAAGAUACACUUGGGGCAUUAUAUGAUUUUUUUUUUUUUAGCAAUGUCUAAAAGUACUAUCACAUUUCUGCCAAUACGGGGCUCCCUCUGAGUCAUCAAGGGAUAUUUGAUCACAAU